AUGGCAUCAUUGAGAUUGCCCCUCCCCCGCCAGCUUCGGCUGGUAGCUCCGAGGUCGAGGGUUCUCGCCCGGCAGACGCCGUUGGCCUCGUGGGUUUGCAACUCAUGCGCCUCCAACUCGGCCGUGACCUCUCGGGUCCCCCGUGUGAGGACCUUCAGCGCCAUCACAUCCCUCCAGAACGCCACGAGCGCGAGGAUCCCCUCGGUUGACGCCUCCCUUGAACCGCUCCAGAGGCCCGAGUCGUUCAUCCCCCGCCACAUCGGCCCUGACGUCCAUGACGCCGAGGCCAUGCUCAAGGCGCUUGACCCUCCCGCCAACUCCAUUGAUGAGUUUAUUGCCCAGGUUCUUCCCGCGGAUAUCCUCUCCGAGAGGAAGACCUUCGCCUGGGACACCGAGGGCCCGACGGAUGAGAGCAAGAUCCUGGCGCGGGCCACCGCCUGGGCCAAGGCUAACGAGGCCGCUCCCUUGCCUUUGAUCGGCGCUGGAUACAACCCCAGUGUCACGCCCCGUGUUAUUCAGACCAACGUCCUGGAAAGCCCGGCUUGGUACACCAGCUACACCCCUUACCAGCCGGAAAUCAGCCAGGGACGUCUCGAGUCGCUCCUCAACUACCAGACCAUGGUCUGCGACCUGACCGGUCUCCCCAUCUCCAAUGCCAGUCUCCUGGACGAGGGGACGGCGGCCGCCGAGGCCAUGACCUUGUCGAUGAACGCUCUAUCUGCCUCCCGUGCCAAGAGGCCCGGCAAGACCUUUGUUGUCUCCCACCUCGUUCACCCCCAGUCCAUUUCCGUUCUCAAGAGCAGAGCCCAGGGAUUCGGCAUCAAGGUCGAGACCCUCGAUGUCAGCACCGCCGAGACCCAGGAGAAGAUCAAGGCCCUGGGACAGGACUUGGUCGGUGUCAUGAUCCAGUACCCCGACACCAGGGGCAAGGUUGAGGACUUCCGGGGCCUUUCCGAGCUCGUUCACGAGCAGGGUGCCCUGCUCAGCGCCGCGACCGACCUUCUGGCCCUGACGGUCCUUACGCCUCCUGGCGAGUGGGGUGCCGACAUUGCUUUUGGAAGCGCCCAGCGCUUCGGUGUGCCCCUCGGCUUCGGCGGACCCCACGCCGCCUUCUUCGCCGUCAAGGAGGCCCACAAGCGCCGCAUCCCCGGCCGCUUGGUUGGUGUCUCCAAGGACCGCAGCGGCCGCCGGGCCCUGAGAUUGGCUCUGCAGACCCGCGAGCAGCACAUCCGCCGUGAGAAGGCCACCAGCAACGUCUGCACCGCACAGGCUCUUCUGGCCAACAUGGCUGCGCUGUUCGCCGUCUACCACGGCCCCGAGGGGCUCAAGGAGAUCGCCUCGAGACUGGUCCGGCUUGCUCGCGGCGUCCAGGCCGUCGCCGAGGCCGCCGGCCUGGAGACUGAGCAGAGCGGUGCCAGCCCCGACGGCAAGGUUUUGUUCGACACUGUCGUGAUCAAGGCUGGCGAUCGCGCCCAGAACAUCUUGGCCGAGGCUAAGAAGGCUGGUCUGGGCUUCCGCGACUAUGGAAACGGUGAUAUUGGCAUCAGUGUUAACGAGACGGUCAACGAGGAAGUCUUCCACACCAUCGCCACCGUCCUCGGCAAAGCCACCGGCGCCCAGACCGCCGAGGUCGCGAGCAAGGCCUACGGCGCCCUCACCCAGGACAUUGCGGAACUGCUGCCCGAGUCUCUCCGUCGCCAGUCUGCCUACCUCACCCACCCCGUCUUCAACACCCACCGCAGUGAGACGGAGAUCCUCCGCUACAUCCAUCACCUCCAGUCCAAGGACCUGUCCCUCGUCCACUCCAUGAUCCCUCUCGGAUCCUGCACCAUGAAGCUGAACAGCGCGACCGAGAUGGCGCUCAUCUCCCUCCCCGGCUUCUCCACGAUCCACCCCCACACGCCCAUGAGCGAGCUCAAGGGCUACACGGCCCUGAUCGACAGCCUGUCGGAGCAGCUCAAGGGCAUCACCGCCAUGGACGCCGUCUCCCUGCAGCCCAACUCGGGCGCCCAGGGCGAGUUCGCCGGCCUGCGCGUCAUCCGCAAGUACCUCGAGCAGCAGCCGGGCAAGAAGCGUGACAUCUGCCUGAUCCCGGUCUCGGCCCACGGCACCAACCCUGCCUCGGCCGCCAUGGCCGGCAUGCGCGUCGUCCCCAUCAAGUGCGACCAGAAGACGGGUAACCUGGACAUUGAGGACCUGGAAGCCAAGUGCAAGAAGCACGCCGACGAGCUCGGUGCCUUCAUGGUCACGUACCCCAGCACCUACGGAGUCUUCGAGCCCAGUGUCAAGAAGGCCUGCGACCUCGUUCACCAAUACGGUGGUCAGGUGUACAUGGACGGCGCCAACAUGAACGCCCAGAUCGGCAUCUGCUCGCCUGGCGAGAUCGGGGCCGACGUCUGCCAUCUCAACCUCCACAAGACCUUCUGCAUCCCUCACGGCGGCGGCGGUCCCGGUGUUGGACCCAUCUGCGUCAAGGAGCACCUCGGCCCUUACCUGCCCGGCCGCUCGCCCGAGGCCGGGGAGGCCAUGGUGGCCAGCGCGCCGUACGGCAGCGCCGGCAUUCUGCCCAUCAGCUGGGCGUACAACGCGCUCAUGGGCAACGACGGCCUGCGCCUCGCGACCAAGGCGGCCAUCCUCAACGCCAACUACAUCCUCGCGCGCCUCAAGCCGCACUACAAGAUCCUCUACACCAACGAGAACGGCCGGUGCGCGCACGAGUUCAUCCUCGACGCGCGGCCGUUCAGCGCGACGGCGGGCAUCGAGGCGAUCGAUAUCGCCAAGCGCCUCCAGGACUACGGCUUCCACGCGCCGACGAUGAGCUGGCCCGUGAGCAACACGCUCAUGAUUGAGCCGACGGAGAGCGAGAGCAAGGAGGAGCUCGACCGCUUCAUCGACACGCUCAUCAGCAUCCGUCAGGAGAUCCGCGAGGUCGAGGAGGGCAAGCAGCCCCGAGAGGGCAACGUCCUCAAAAUGGCGCCUCACCCGCAGAUGGACGUCAUCCUGGGCGACGGCGAGGGCAAAUGGGACCGCCCUUACACCCGCGAGAAGGCGGUGUACCCGCUGCCGCACCUGAAGGAGAAGAAGUUCUGGCCCAGCGUGGGUCGCAUCGACGACACAUACGGUGACCUGAACCUCUUCUGCACGUGCCCUCCCGUUGUGGACACGACGCAAGAGUAA